UGCUCUCUCUUCCUCUCUCUCUCUCUAGCUCUCUCUCCCUCUCGCCCUUUCUAUCUCUCAGCUGGCUUCUGCUGCACAUAAUAAUUCUUCUUUGAACUUCCACAAAACUGAGUUCCUUCCAAAUGAAAAUAGUCUGAGGUGGUCUUGCAUGGCGAGCCAUAGAGUUGGGGAGACUGGUUUAUCGGACUCAGGACCUUCAAAUCACCAUCUCCCUUAUGCAGUUUUUCAUGGAUUUAAUGCUCCUUCCACAAGUUUCAUCAAUCAAGAAGGAUCAGCUUUCGAUUUUGGAGGGCUAGAAGAAGCAAUUGUGCUGCAAGGAGUUAAGAUAAGAAAUGAUGAAGCUAAAGCACCUUUAUUUACAGGCAGGCCUGCAGCCACGCUGGAAAUGUUCCCUUCAUGGCCAAUGAGAUUCCAGACCACCCCAAGAGGAAGUUCAAAAUCAGGCGGUGAGAGUACCGAUUCAGGUUCAGCAGUGAACACUCUUUCAAGCAAAGCUGAGGCCCAGUUCGAACCAGAAUCUCCCAUCAGUAGAAAGGCAUCUAAUUCCUCAGAUCAGCAGGCUUUUGAUCAGAAGCAUCUACAGCUUCAACAGCAACAGCAACAGCAACAACAACUACACCAAGAGAUGUCAAAUGAUAUAUCAAGAACAGGACCAUCGCAGAAUCAAUCAGCUGUCAAAGCAUCCCUAGAAAAGAGGAAUGGAGACGGUUCAACUUCUGAGAAACAACUUGAUGCUAAGACAUUGAGACGUUUAGCUCAAAACAGAGAAGCUGCAAGGAAAAGCCGCCUCAGGAAAAAGGCUUACGUGCAACAGCUAGAGUCAAGUAGAAUAAAGCUUACUCAGAUUGAACAAGACCUACAAAGAGCACGAGCACAGGGUGGGCUAUUCUUGGCUGGUUGUGGAAAUCUAAGCUCUGGAGCUGCAAUAUUUGACAUGGAAUAUGCAAGAUGGAUAGAGGACGACCACCGGCUGAUGGCAGAGCUUCGGACGGGGCUGCAUGCACAUUUGCCAGACGGUGAUCUUAGAAUAAUAGUUGACGGAUAUGUUUGUCAUUACGAUGAGAUUUUCGAGCUCAAGGGAGUGGCUGCCAAAUCUGAUGUAUUUCACCUCAUUACUGGCCAGUGGAUGUCUCCAGUUGAGCGUUGCUUCCUCUGGAUAGGCGGUUUCAGGCCCUCUGAACUCAUCACGAUGUUGAUAGGUCAGUUAGACCCACUAACAGAACAGCAAGUGAUGGGAAUUUCCCGGCUGCAACAUUCCACACAACAGGCUGAGGAGGCUCUCUCCCAGGGCCAGGAACAGCUCCAGCAGUCUCUGAUCGACACCAUUGCGGCCGGGCCAGUCAUCGACGGCAUGCAGCAGAUGGCUGUUGCCUUGGGCAAGCUUGCCAAUCUUGAAGGCUUUAUCCGGCAGGCUGAUAAUUUGAGACAGCAAACCCUUCAUCAAUUGCGUCACAUAUUGACUGUCCGACAGGCAGCCCGGUGUUUUCUUGUAAUUGCAGAGUAUUAUGGCCGACUUCGAGCCCUUAGUUCCCUUUGGGCAUCUCGACCUCGAGAGAGCUUGAUGAGUGAAGAUAUGAUCUCGUGCCAAACAACCACGGAUUUGCAAAUUGUGCAUCAUCCUUCGCAGAAUCAUUUCGCAAACUUUUGAUGCUAAGUCCAAUGGAGAAAUCCUGCUUAUCCUCUGAUUUUUCUUUCAUGGCCGCGCUGUUGGGAUUUCUUCGAGAUACUUUAGAUAUUCGAUCAGGAGAUAGGACAUAAUUUCUUCUUUUGAAUUAACUUGUGUUAUUUGAUCUAGAAAUGUUAUAUAUGAUCAUCUUCUUCAUGUAAAUUUAUUUUAUGAGUAGUACGUACGAUCGAGAAAGCUUUCUAGCUACUUGCUUCAAGAAUGAGGAAAAAUUAGAAAAUCAAAGUUCCAGUGUAUUAUAUAUUAAUUAUAUCUGUAAA